AUGGCCGCCGGCUCUCUGAAGGACGCCGUCAAGGCGCUCGAGUCCGCCUUCGCCGGCCCAACCGUCGCAUACCCGCUCCCCGACGACCUCCAACGGACCAUCGAGGCCUUCCUCGACAGGCACCAUGACAUCGACGACCAGGACUCGCAACGUCUGCACGACGAGCUGCUGCAGAUGUACAACAACCACGUCCAGGACGAGCCCGUCAAGCGCAGCGCAUUCCUUAGCGUCCUCCGCCAAAUGCGCCCUGCCAUUCGCGGGGACGCCCGACUGUCGCAGUGGUGGAAUGUGGUCAUAAAGCCCGUGAUAGACGGCGUAGGUCACAAGAGGGACGAGAGUGAGGAUGCGCGCGAGUUCGUGCUGGAUACCUUGGCCUAUGAAGCUGGCGGCGACCAUGAAGUCGAGCAGGCCCAAGCCGCCGCUUCGUACAUGCAGAAGCUCUUGGACUGCUACUUGAGACACACGCGCAUGCCAACAGCCGAGAGCGAUGUCAUCACACCCGAAGACGAGUAUGCUGCGCGCGAAAUAGAGUCGCUCCUGGUCAUGUACGGCCGCCGGAAACCCAAGGAACUGCUUCUAUCGCUGAAUAGUCUCUUUGUCCAAGCCAAGCAUCGAGUCCAAGCCCUGGGUCUACUCUGCACCUUUGUCCGCGUCCAGCCGCCGCAUCUCUAUCUGGUCUCCGAAACGCCGCUCGUGGAGAACCUGGAGAAAUGUCUGAUGACUGACAAGUCUGCCACGGUCGUCGAGAUGGCUCUCACAGUGCUCAUCAUGUUCAUGCCUCAUAUCACCCGCGUGCUUGUGUCGCACAUGCCGAAGCUCUUCUUGAUUUACAGCAGAGUUUUGUGCUGGGAUCAGAUCACUGCGCCACUGACGAGUGGAGGCCGGAAGGCAGAAGAGGAAGCCAUCGACGCUGACUCUGAUGAUGAUUUUUCCGACGAUGAUCGUAGCGAUCCAACCUGGGAGAGACUGGAGCACGCCUUUGACCACUCGGAAACGUCGGCACCUGGCGCGCUGUAUUACUUCACCUUCAUCUACGGACUUUUCCCGGUAAAUCUGAUGAACUAUGUUCGCAAGCCCAGAAGAUUCUUGAAGAACAUCAAUUACCUUGGUGCGGAUGACUUGGUGCUAGAUCCUGACGCUAUUCGACGCCGCACCGAGCCCUUCCGGCAGGUCCACCUCUUACAUCCCAACUUCUUCAACAUGACUGCUGAAGAGGAGCUGAGUGAGACCCGCUGGCUGAAGAGUGAUCCGGCCGAUGUCGUCACUGAGUGCAUGAGCCUGUGCAUGGCCGUCUCUGCAUCCUUGGAAGACCCUGGACCGCCGCCAACCGCCAAGUUGCCCGAUCUCCCGCAGGCAGCCACACGGCCCGCCCACGUUUCUUUAGUCCCAACUGAAGAUAUUCCCGGCGACCCAUUAGAUGAUGAUGGCACAACUUCUCCAGCUGAUGGAAGGGCGGGUAGCAGUUGGCAAAACACUCAAUCUACCGCUCCGACGAGCCUCUCGCCAAAGGAUUCGGUGCAGUUUAGGAGGCCUUCCCCUCGGCCCCAGGACACCAGUCCCGAUAGCCCCACUCUACCAGGGUCAUUCAUCCCGCAGAUUUCGGAAAAGGAACAGCAACAAAACCUGGAUGCGUCCUCGGCCCUUCUUGCUUCGCCUCGGCUUGAAGCAUUUACGCAAACGCUCUCGAACCAGUAUCCGCUCACACCCACGCACGCACGUCUCGCGCAGAAUCUUGCUACUCUGCAACGAGAGGUUAUGCUACUACGUAAUGACUUGAACUUUGAACGUUAUCUGAAAGCUCAGCAUUUGUCUCACAUCGGCCAACUCCAGCGGAGACACAUCAAGGAAGCCACAGUCGAAGCGGAAACACAAAACCUGAUCAACACCAACCGGACGCUAAAGGCCAAGCUGCAAAAGGCGAAUGAGCUCUACGCGCAGCUAAAGAAGGAGACGAUAACGGGCAGGAACCAGUCGAAGAAGUGGGAGGGUGAGCUGGGCUCCAAGCUCAAGACCAUUCGCGACGAACAAAAGCAAUGGCACUCUGAGGAAGAGUCGCUCAAGACAAAACUUGUCAAGGCAGAGGACGAUUGCGAGCGUCUCCGGAGACUGCUUGUCGAGGCUGAAGCGAGGGAACUCAAUUCGAAGCAAAAUCUCAAGUCCACCGAAGUGGAACUGGAAGAGAUGGGCAUCCUGAGACAAGAGAUCGAAAGGCUGCAGGCGAGGCUGCGUGACUUUGAGCUCCAGGAGCUUGACUUUGAGCAGGCUAGGGAAGAGCAGGAUAUGCUGCGCAAUGAGCUCAAGCUAGCCAACUUGAAGCUUGACAGCCAAGAUGCUGAGCGGAGUAGACUUGCCAGGGCGUAUGAUCGCAAGUUUGCCCUGCUCGAAUCACGCCAGCCAAUCGACAUUGACAGCAAACACGAUCCCGCACAGCUCCCUGCAUCGGUGCAGCAGAUGAUCGAUUCGGCUCUCGCUGCAAGCCACUCCAAGUUUAACCAGCUAAGAAAGACGCACAACCUCCUCCUUCACCGAUUUACCGAGCUGGAGAUGAAGUCCCAGGCUCUUGAGGCUGAGCUAUCGUAUGCACGAGGUCGCACAAGGGGAAAUGGCCAUGGCAGCCACGAUGCACACAGCCCCAUUGAAGGGCGCCCUCCCAGUGCUUUCAUGAGAAAGCCUAGCACAGCAGGGAGUGGAAGCAUUGCCAGCAGCAGAGGCGCAAGCUUUGCGAAUCGCUACGGUCCCAGAUCCUUCACCGAGCCAAUGCGGCCGGAUGUGCGAAGCGAUGAUGAAUUCGAAGAUGACUACAGCGAAUUUAAUUACCAGGCAUCCUCGUUCUCGGGACAUGGAAAUCGCCCUUUCACAGGACGUCCCGAACGCAGCGAGUCGCUUCCAACCAGGACGUUCCAGCCCAUGGACGCAACAGGCUCGGAACAUGAGCCGCAGUCUCCCACCGAUACCAUACAUGCGCCUCGGUUCCACGCAUUCAAUGCCACGGAGCCCCUCGGCUCGUCUGACGGCCGUAGUACAUUCAGCGGGAACAGUAGCGACAAAGACAAGGCGAAAAUCACACCCAAAUCGGAAAUACGGGUUUAUGGAAGAGGCGGUGCCCAAAACGUUGGCAAGAAAAAGGAUCACACGACUAAAUCCGGCACCGGCGGCUUCAGAGGCUUCAAAGGACUGAUGUCUCAGAAUUGA